UCCUUUCUUACACGAAGACCAUUGUUGUUGUUACUGUUGCUGCUGAGUAGUAGCUGAAACUAGCGACUCUCUCGACCACUAUCACCAAGGUACGAGGUACGUUCCCUUCACUCAUUCUCUUCAUCAACAGAUCUCUCUCGACCCGUGUUUCUCCUUCCAAGCAGCUUCAUUCUCAAUGGAUCCAUCGGCAUUGCUCUAUAGCCAGCUCAAGGCUGCUGAGCCGUUCUUCCUGCUAGCGGGUCCUAAUGUGAUUGAAUCUGAAGAGCACAUUAUGCGUAUGGCUAAGCACAUAAAGAGUAUUGCAACUAAAGUGGGAAUUCCACUGGUUUUCAAGUCAAGCUUUGACAAAGCUAACCGAACAUCGUCAAAAUCAUUUCGUGGCCCAGGGAUGGUUGAGGGAUUGAAGAUACUGGGGAAGGUUAAAAUAGCCUACGAUAUCCCUAUAGUGACAGAUGUGCAUGAGGCCUCUCAGUGUGAAGCAGUUGGCAGAGUUGCAGAUAUCAUUCAGAUUCCAGCAUUCUUGUGUCGCCAAACAGACCUUCUAGUUGCAGCAGCCAAAACCGGAAAAAUUAUCAACAUCAAGAAGGGCCAGUUUUGUGCUCCUUCUGUCAUGGAAAAUUCAGCUGAAAAGGUUCGGUUAGCUGGAAAUCCUAAUGUGAUGGUUUGUGAGAGAGGAACCAUGUUUGGCUACAAUGAUUUGAUUGUUGAUCCACGCAAUCUGGAGUGGAUGAGAGAAGCCAAUUGUCCUGUUGUAGCUGAUAUAACACACUCGCUACAACAGCCUGCUGGAAAGAAGUUGGAUGGGGGAGGUGUUGCAAGUGGAGGUCUUCGCGAACUAAUACCUUGCAUUGCAAGGACAGCAGUUGCUGUUGGAGUGGAUGGGAUCUUCAUGGAGGUGCAUGAUGAUCCAUUGAGUGCACCUGUUGAUGGUCCAACCCAGUGGCCUCUGCGCCACCUGGAGCAGCUACUAGAAGAGCUUGUAGCUAUUUCUAGGGUCACCAAAGGGAAGCAACAAUUCAACAUUGAUCUGACGCCAUUUCGUGAAUAAAAAGAAUGGUAUGGUUUUCAGUUAUUCUAAAUAUGAGGAAAACCCUGAGGCUGAGCAUUGGUCUUUGAAGAUUGUUCAAGGUUAAGAACAACGCUGUCUUUCUUGUAAAAGUUCAAGUGCCUUAUAUUAAUGAUCCAUGCUUUGUUUGUCCAUCGUAGUGACACUACCAACUUAUGUUUUCACAGAUCCUGUGUAGCCUUGCUCAUGUCAGUCACUAUUAAACAUUCAUUAUAAGUAGGUUACUGAUUAAUUAUUGUACGAACUAGAUUGGAAAGCUUCUAAGACAACUUUGUUCAUUUAUCCCA